AUGGCUGAAGUUUCAGCCCCACCUGCAGAGGUUCUGCUAUCAAAGCGUGUUCAGGAAAUGGUUCUCAAUGGCGAAGAACCACAACGGCCCUAUAUCUGUAGAGAUGAUGGCACUAAAGAAGCAAUUCCUAGCCCCCCAUCUCUGAUUCCGAUCAUUGACAUCAGCCUCCUAUCUUCUUCAGAACCAUGCUCUGCACAAGAACUGCAGCGCCUUAGAUCAGCUCUUUCUUCAUGGGGCUGCUUUCAGGCAAUAGGUCAUGGUAUUCCAAAAUCAUUUCUUGACAAGAUUCGCCAAGUAGCGAGGGAAUUCUUCGAGCAGCCAAUGGAGGAGAAGAAAAGGCAUGCUAAAGGAGUGGAAGAGUUUGAAGGAUAUGGAGCUGAUCCUGUUCCAGCAGAAGGUCAGUCACUUGACUGGUCUGAUCGCUUAUUUCUUGAUGUAUACCCAGAAGAUCGAAGGAAGCCUAAAUUUUGGCCAGUGAAUCCAAAAUCAUUCCGAGGUGUUUUAGAAGAAUACACUGCUAAGAUGCAAAUAUUAACAGAGCUUGUUUCAAAAGCUAUGGCAAAGUCAUUGAACUUGGAAGAAAAUUGCUUCCUGAAUCAGUUCGGCAAACAAGCAGCACUACAAGCAAGGUUUAACUACUACUCAAAGUGUCAGAGGCCCGAUCUUGUUCUAGGUUUGAAAGCCCAUGCAGAUGGAUCGGGGUACACCAUUAUCUUGCAAGAUGAUGUAGAAGGUCUUCAAGUCUUCAAAGACGAGCUAUGGCUCACAGUUCCAGCAAUUUCUGAUGCUCUCCUAGUACUCAUGGGCGAUCAAAUGGAGAUAAUGACCAAUGGAAUGUUCAGAAGCCCAGUUCAUAGAGUUUUGACCAACUCAGAGAAGGAGAGGAUUUCUGUGGCUGUCUUCUACACAACUGAACCAAACAAAGAGAUUGGACCAGAAGAAGGAUUGAUCAAUGAGGAAAGACAAAAGAUAUUCAAGAAAGUGAAAGAUUAUGCUGAUGUACACUGGGAAUACUACCAGCAAGGAAAGAGGGCAAUUCAUGUCGCAAAAGCUUAG